CGUAGCCAUUGAUUGUGCACGUGUUGUUGUUAUCGAUUUAAGUCAUGUCGAACGAUCGAUAAGAUAAAAUUUGUAUAUAAUCAGCAUCAUGCUGAUGAUUUAGAAUCGUUUUAGAUGCAGUUUAGCAUCUUAAACUUAUUUUUAGGGUGGACAUGUUCGUGAUGGGCGUGAAUGUUGCAUUGUCACAGGGUGUUCUUAUCUCGUAUUUAUAUAAUGAGAACUUAGAAGUGGUGCUUCAUACUUAUCGUUAGGGUUAAUAUGUGUUAGCUUAAAAUGACUUAAAUGAUGAUAUGGAAGAAUAAAAGAUGCCUUGAAGCUUAUAAGAAUGCAAACAAGUUGUUUUUGGUGCUGAAUUGAUGAUUUAAAGAAGAAAAGGUGCCUUCAAGUAUAGCAGAAUACAUACAUUAAUGAAUCAAAGGUCAUUCUUUCAGUUUACAGGUGAACAAUUUCAAGGGGAACCUGUACAUUCCGUCCAGAAAUAUCAUUGUGUCUUGUCAUUUCUUGGAAUAUUUUAAUUGUUAAUCCAAGAUAUUACAGUUUUCUUGUUACAGAAGCAAUAUUUUGUCAGAUUACAGCAUGUUAUAUGAUCUAUUCUUGGUAAACUUUGUUAGCACUACGUGGUACACGAGGUUGAUGUUAUUAAUACCCGAGCAUUUCGACCUGUUUUAAGUUCGACAAUAUGAAGCGAGUGUUUACGGUUCCAGAAAAAACGCACGGCGUGGGGCCCGUAUAUUUUACUUGGCAGAAAGGUGGAGGCAAUUAUCUAGUGACUACUGGUUACGAUCAUAUUGUGAACAUAUACGAUCGUCAUGGUGAUAGAAAGGAGCAGAUUAGCUUACCUGGAAUGUGUUCGGGCUUGGCAUGGGAUAAAGAUGGUGAUAUUUUGGGUAUCAUUAAUGAUCGUUCGCCGGUUCUUAUCCUUUGGGAUGCUAAUUCGAACAGAAUGUCUCAAGUUGAUACGGGUUUGAGGGAUACAUUAUCAUUGUUACUGUGGUCGAAAACUACUCCAAUGCUGGCCAUCGGUACUGCAAAGGGGAAUCUUUUAAUUUAUAAUCAUCGCACCUCUAGGAAAGUUCCUAUACUUGGUAAGCACAGUAAGCGCAUCACUUCGGGUGGAUGGAGCUUUCAGAAUUACCUCGCACUAGUGGGUGAAGAUAAACUUUUAACUGUUAGUAAUCAUGAUGGUGAUACAAUUUGCCAAAGUAAUUUGAAAUCUGAGCCAACCCUAGUACAGUUCUCGUCUAUGAAACAAGAUGAGAGAGUGUCGGGAGAAAAUACCGUUAGUUUGGUACUGAACCGAAAGACUUUGUUUCUACUCAAUAUUCACGAUCCUGAGAAUCCAAUCGUACUAGCAUUUCAAGACCGAUACGGCACAAUUAUUGAUUAUAAGUGGUACGGGGAUGGGUAUAUCCUUUUAGGAUUUACCAAUGGUUACUUCAUAGUUAUAUCGACCCAUAUUAAAGAAAUUGGACAAGAAUUAUUCCAAAUUCGAUGUCACAAGGAUAAUUUAAGUCAUAUGGCUACUUGUUUGCCAAAUAACAAAGUUGCCUCUUGUGGUGAUAAUACCAUAAAGAUUUAUGAUUUAAAUGAUCUUCAAGAAGUUGAAUCGAUAAUUACAGUUGAUGACGAAAGAGGUCUCGAAUGGAUGGAAUGGACUGACGACGGCCAGUUGUUAGCUGUUACAGGAACUGGGAAUGCUCUUCAUGUGUAUUUAACAAAAUUGCCAGUUCUCGGAGACAGUUAUGGCACUAAAAUAGCACACCUUACGUCUUUGUUGGAAGUUACCAUAUCACACGUAGUUGAACAGGAGAUGUCCACAACAUUAAGAGUCGAUGUAGAACCUAAUUUUCUUUCCCUUGGCCCUUAUCAUCUUGCCGUUGGAAUGAAUAACAGAGCUUGGUUUUACGGUUUGGGUGAAAGGGGACCCAUUCCGAUACAUGACCGGGAGUACCUGGGAACUGUUCAGAGUAUUAAAAUGAACAGUGAUUAUGCAUCUGCUUUGUUCGAAGGGAAGAUACAGUUGCAUAUUAUUGAAGGUGAAAAUGGCGAAAUAGAAGAAAGGGAAGCUCGGUUAUUCCCUGGUGGAGAUUUUAGUAAUAUUCGCAUCACUUGCCACAUAAUGACUAAUGAUUUUCUUAUCUAUGGCACUGAUACGGGUUCAAUUCAGUUUUUUCUGUUAGAAGAUUGGCAAAUGGUUAACGAGUAUCGUCACGUGAUGGGGGUAAGAAACAUACAUGCAGAUGCAUCGGGAACACGACUUGUUAUUGUGGAUGAUAAGACUGAUGGAUUUAUUUAUAAUCCUGUGAAUGAUCAAAUAAUCCAAAUUGUGAAUUUUCCGGCAACUGUUAGAGGCAUUCUUUGGGAUCAGUGGCCAAUAGAUAAAGGAAUCUUCAUUGCAUAUGAUGAUACUCAAAUAGGUACUUUCGUUCAUGCCAAAGAAACUAUUGAGGGCCCUAAAGCUGAAUUAGUAGGUCAAACAAAGCUUCCACCAGGACAGUAUCCUCUGCUUUUAUACAGUGGUGAGCUGACUUGUCAGACUCAAAGUGGAAAAGUUACAACACUUACACUAAGUACUCAUCAGUUAGAAGAGAAGCUGAAAGAUUAUUCACCUGCAGAGAUGAAAGAUGCCUUACAGAAAAGCCUAAAAUUGCAAAGAUUUAGAGAAGCUUGGACAAUCUGCCAGUUAUUGAAUAAUAAAGAUGAUUGGGUGUCCCUAGGAAACAGUGCAAUUUAUAAUUUAGAUGUGGAUCUAGCGAUCCGUGUGUUUAGGCAUAUCGGGGAUGUAGGUAUGGUUUGGUCGCUACAAGGAGUAAAAAACAUAGAGGAUCGCAAUCUCCUCGCUGGCCAUUUAGCAAUGUUUCAAAACAAUUUUAACCUUGCACAAGAUCUUUAUUUAGCUUCCGGAACACCGUCUGCUGCUUUAGACAUGAGACGAGAUCUACUUCAUUGGGAACAAGCGCUACAACUGGCAAAAAAAUUGGCACCUAAUCAAAUACCAUUUAUAUCUCGAGAAUAUGCUCAGCAGUUGGAAUUUGUUGGUGAUUAUGUCAAUGCUUUAGUUCAUUAUGAGAAUGGGAUUACCAAUGAUCCAGCCAAAACAUCACACAAUGAUGCCUGCAAAGCAGGAAUUGCACGAAUGUCCAUUAGAUGCAGUGAUAUAAGAAGAGGAAUACAAAUUGCUCAGCAGAUGUCGAAUAAAACUCUGAAGAGGGAGUGUGCUGAGAUUUUAGAGAGCAUGAAGCAGUAUUCGGAAGCAGCGGUGUUGUACGAGAGAGGUCAUCAGUAUGACAAAUCAGCUGCUUUAUAUAUAAAACUGAAAAAUUGGAACAAAGUUGGAGAGUUGUUGCCAAAUGUGACAUCUCCAAAGAUUCAUGCACAGUAUGCUAAGGCCAAAGAAGCUGACGGGCAUUAUAGAGAAGCAGCUAGAGCAUAUGAAGUUGCUCGGGAGUAUGAAAGCGUUAUCAGAAUUCAGCUAGAACAUUUAAAUAAUCCAGAAGAAGCCGUGAGGAUUGUGAGAGAAACAAGAUCGACCGAAGGUGCUAAGAUGGUAGCUAAGUUUUUUCAGAAAUUAAAUGAUGUGACCUCGGCAAUUCAGUUUCUUGUUUUGUCAAAAUGCAACGAAGAAGCCUUUCAACUCUCUCUGGCCAUCGGUACUGCAAAGGGGAAUCUUUUAAUUUAUAAUCAUCGCACCUCUAGGAAAGUUCCUAUACUUGGUAAGCACAGUAAGCGCAUCACUUCGGGUGGAUGGAGCUUUCAGAAUUACCUCGCACUAGUGGGUGAAGAUAAACUUUUAACUGUUAGUAAUCAUGAUGGUGAUACAAUUUGCCAAAGUAAUUUGAAAUCUGAGCCAACCCUAGUACAGUUCUCGUCUAUGAAACAAGAUGAGAGAGUGUCGGGAGAAAAUACCGUUAGUUUGGUACUGAACCGAAAGACUUUGUUUCUACUCAAUAUUCACGAUCCUGAGAAUCCAAUCGUACUAGCAUUUCAAGACCGAUACGGCACAAUUAUUGAUUAUAAGUGGUACGGGGAUGGGUAUAUCCUUUUAGGAUUUACCAAUGGUUACUUCAUAGUUAUAUCGACCCAUAUUAAAGAAAUUGGACAAGAAUUAUUCCAAAUUCGAUGUCACAAGGAUAAUUUAAGUCAUAUGGCUACUUGUUUGCCAAAUAACAAAGUUGCCUCUUGUGGUGAUAAUACCAUAAAGAUUUAUGAUUUAAAUGAUCUUCAAGAAGUUGAAUCGAUAAUUACAGUUGAUGACGAAAGAGGUCUCGAAUGGAUGGAAUGGACUGACGACGGCCAGUUGUUAGCUGUUACAGGAACUGGGAAUGCUCUUCAUGUGUAUUUAACAAAAUUGCCAGUUCUCGGAGACAGUUAUGGCACUAAAAUAGCACACCUUACGUCUUUGUUGGAAGUUACUAUAUCACACGUAGUUGAACAGGAGAUGUCCACAACAUUAAGAGUCGAUGUAGAACCUAAUUUUCUUUCCCUUGGCCCUUAUCAUCUUGCCGUUGGAAUGAAUAACAGAGCUUGGUUUUACGGUUUGGGUGAAAGGGGACCCAUUCCGAUACAUGACCGGGAGUACCUGGGAACUGUUCAGAGUAUUAAAAUGAACAGUGAUUAUGCAUCUGCUUUGUUCGAAGGGAAGAUACAGUUGCAUAUUAUUGAAGGUGAAAAUGGCGAAAUAGAAGAAAGGGAAGCUCGGUUAUUCCCUGGUGGAGAUUUUAGUAAUAUUCGCAUCACUUGCCACAUAAUGACUAAUGAUUUUCUUAUCUAUGGCACUGAUACGGGUUCAAUUCAGUUUUUUCUGUUAGAAGAUUGGCAAAUGGUUAACGAGUAUCGUCACGUGAUGGGGGUAAGAAACAUACAUGCAGAUGCAUCGGGAACACGACUCGUUAUUGUGGAUGAUAAGACUGAUGGAUUUAUUUAUAAUCCUGUGAAUGAUCAAAUAAUCCAAAUUGUGAAUUUUCCGGCAACUGUUAGAGGCAUUCUUUGGGAUCAGUGGCCAAUAGAUAAAGGAAUCUUCAUUGCAUAUGAUGAUACUCAAAUAGGUACUUUCGUUCAUGCCAAAGAAACUAUUGAGGGCUCUAAAGCUGAAUUAGUAGGUCAAACAAAGCUUCCACCAGGACAGUAUCCUCUGCUUUUAUACAGUGGUGAGCUGACUUGUCAGACUCAAAGUGGAAAAGUUACAACACUUACACUAAGUACUCAUCAGUUAGAAGAGAAGCUGAAAGAUUAUUCACCUGCAGAGAUGAAAGAUGCCUUACAGAAAAGCCUAAAAUUGCAAAGAUUUAGAGAAGCUUGGACAAUCUGCCAGUUAUUGAAUAAUAAAGAUGAUUGGGUGUCCCUAGGAAACAGUGCAAUUUAUAAUUUAGAUGUGGAUCUAGCGAUCCGUGUGUUUAGGCAUAUCGGGGAUGUAGGUAUGGUUUGGUCGCUACAAGGAGUAAAAAACAUAGAGGAUCGCAAUCUCCUCGCUGGCCAUUUAGCAAUGUUUCAAAACAAUUUUAACCUUGCACAAGAUCUUUAUUUAGCUUCCGGAACACCGUCUGCUGCUUUAGACAUGAGACGAGAUCUACUUCAUUGGGAACAAGCGCUACAACUGGCAAAAAAAUUGGCACCUAAUCAAAUACCAUUUAUAUCUCGAGAAUAUGCUCAGCAGUUGGAAUUUGUUGGUGAUUAUGUCAAUGCUUUAGUUCAUUAUGAGAAUGGGAUUACCAAUGAUCCAGCCAAAACAUCACACAAUGAUGCCUGCAAAGCAGGAAUUGCACGAAUGUCCAUUAGAUGCAGUGAUAUAAGAAGAGGAAUACAAAUUGCUCAGCAGAUGUCGAAUAAAACUCUGAAGAGGGAGUGUGCUGAGAUUUUAGAGAGCAUGAAGCAGUAUUCGGAAGCAGCGGUGUUGUACGAGAGAGGUCAUCAGUAUGACAAAUCAGCUGCUUUAUAUAUAAAACUGAAAAAUUGGAACAAAGUUGGAGAGUUGUUGCCAAAUGUGACAUCUCCAAAGAUUCAUGCACAGUAUGCUAAGGCCAAAGAAGCUGACGGGCAUUAUAGAGAAGCAGCUAGAGCAUAUGAAGUUGCUCGGGAGUAUGAAAGCGUUAUCAGAAUUCAGCUAGAACAUUUAAAUAAUCCAGAAGAAGCCGUGAGGAUUGUGAGAGAAACAAGAUCGACCGAAGGUGCUAAGAUGGUAGCUAAGUUUUUUCAGAAAUUAAAUGAUGUGACCUCGGCAAUUCAGUUUCUUGUUUUGUCAAAAUGCAACGAAGAAGCCUUUCAACUCUCUCAGUCUAAUGGAAAAAUGGACAUUUAUGCUGAUGCGAUUGGUGACGAUGCAACUCAGGAAGAUUAUUUAAGCAUCGCAACAUUUUAUGAAAAUAAUAGCAAUCAUUUUAUGGCAGGUAAGUUCUUUUGUAUGGCAAAACAAUACAAGAAAGCAGUCAGGCAUUUAUUGAAAGUUAUUGGAAAUGAUGAAAAUGAAGCUAUUCAACUUGCAAUUCAGGCUGUAGGGACUACCGGAGAUGAACAGUUAAUUCGGCAGUUAAUUGAGCAUCUAAUGGGAGAGAGAGAUGGGGUUCCUAAGGAUUUCAAGCACUUAUUCCGCCUUUAUAUGGCUCUGAAACAAUAUAGAGAGGCUGCUAAAACUGCAAUCAUCAUUGCAAGAGAAGAGCAGAAUGCUGGUAAUUACAGAAACGCACACGAUGUACUAUUCAGCAUGUAUCAAGAAUUAAAACGUCAAAAGAUAAAAGUGCCUGCAGAAAUGUAUACAAAUUUGAUGAUUCUACACAGUUACAUUCUUGUAAAGAUACAUGUGAAAAGGGGAGAUCAUUUAAAAAGUGCUAGAAUGUUAAUAAGAGUGGCGAACAAUAUCAGCAAGUUUCCGGCCCACAUUGUUCCUAUAUUAACAUCUACUGUUAUUGAGUGUCAUCGAUCGGGACUCAAAAACUCUUCGUUUAGUUAUGCAGCAAUGCUGAUGAGGCCCGAGUACAGGAACCAAAUAGAUGUAAAGUACAAAAAGAAGAUAGAAGCCAUUGUUAGAAAACCACAGAAAACCGAAGAGGAAGAACCGUCCACCGCCUGUCCAUAUUGCAAUAAUCAGUUGCCCGAAACGGAAUUAUCCUGUUCCGAUUGCCGAAACACCAUACCGUUCUGCAUUGCUACGGGUUGUCAUAUAUUAAAAACAGAUUUGACCUGUUGCCCGCAUUGUCAGUUUCCCGCCAUAAUGUCCGAAUUCCUGAAGAUCCUGGAAUCGCACGAGGUUUGCCCCAUGUGUAACGAAAAGGUGGCAAGCGAAGAUGUCAAGCGAGUCGAGGAUGCCAAGUCAUUUCUUUACUUUGAUUCCAAGGAGUGAACUCAUUUUCAAUUGCAUUUAGGUGUUUAAUUCUGUGAUAUUUUUCUGUUAUACACAUUCUAUAUGCACAAAAUUCUAUAUUUUACGUAUGCAAAGCAUGUAAUUUAUUACAUAGUUAUAUAAUAAAGAAGUUUAUUGAUAGAAUAUACCAAGCAGUGUAAUCAUUCCUACAAAUAGCCAGUACAUUUUUGUUUGGUUUGAUGGUAAUAUAGUCAAGAUUACAGCUAGUUUUUCUUACUUAUAUGAAUGUGGUGAAGCUGUAAUUACUGUAUGGACCUGAAGCAGAUUCCCAACUAUUCUAGGUAUUGGAUACAUCCUGUGGUGAGCAGUCUUUUCUUACAAGAAAUAUAUAACAGGCCCUUCGUGUAAACAUGUUAGGCUCUAAGCUGCAGCUUAUGUGGUCCUUACAUUCCUAUGUAUUAGUCCUUACAAUUUAUAUG